UGUGCUUAACAAAGUAUUAUGCAUACUUUUCUCUUUGGAAACGUCUGCGCAAAGCAAAUGCGCAGAGGACUGUAAACACACCAUAGAAUGUACACGCUGACAAAAGCUCCAAGUAAAAUAGUAACGAGCGCUCGUAGAGGGCCUCUUAGACAAGUAGAUUUUGAUAGUCACGACACUCGAGAGAAGUCCACAUUUAUUAGAUCUCUUUCAAAGCCUGACAUCGACGAGCAAGUAGUAACAGAAAUGAAUAUCCAGAAGCCAGUUUUUCAACAAAGACGUACUGGUAACAAUAAAAGAUCUCAACCUGUGACAGUUCAAGAUCCUAAUUUACACGAAAACCAUGUAGACAUGGUUAAUUUACUUAUGAGACAAUGGAAAAAAGUUCAAGAGAGUCAUGUUAGAGGAAGAGAUGGAGAAUCAGGAUAUGAAAUGUACCUAGACAAAGAACCGAAAAGAGAAAUGGACAGCAACUUCCAGCCAUUUGAUUUGGAGAAAUAUUGGGGAACUAAAACAUUGACCAGUGCUCUAGGCAAGCCAACAAGCUGAAUUUGUUACUUUGAAGUGCCUUCUCCCUUUAAUUUGUUUGUGGCAGCAGCAUUGCGAAUAUGUUAUGAAACACUUAACAGAUCAUUAUGUUCAUUUUUUAUAGUCAAGUACUUUAGCUUUACUUUUAGACAUGAGUCAUGAUCAAGCUUAACUGGCAAGUACCUUGACCUUUCUGUGUGUUGUUUAUAUUUUUGUUUGCUGCAUUGCCAGGUUUUCAGUUGUGUAAAAUUAAGACAUACAAGUUUUUCUGUAUUUAUUUUAAGCUCUUAAAAUGAGAUAACUCGUUUACUUUAAGUAUUAGAAUAUCAGUUUUGUUUCAGACACAUGCUGUAUUUAGUGGAGCUGUUAUGAUUUAAAAUAGUAAUGCCAUCAGCUCAUUAAUGGUGUUCUUUUAUUCAUGAUCAGCCUUUAAUUAAUUGACCAGCAUGAUACAUUUGUGAAUGUCAGUUAAAAUACAAAAUGUCCAUGGUAAUGGUAUGUAUUGUAUACAUUUUCAAUGAGGGAUAUAUAACUGUAGUGCAUAAUUUUAACAAAUCCCAUCUUUGUUUACUGUCGUCUAAUUUUUAAAAUGUGUUGAUCCAGCUCUCCCCAUUCACAAAUUUUUAAGUUAAAGCUGGUUUUCUUGGGUACAGGAAAUAUGCUUUUUAUGUGUGACUAAUUUUAUAAAAAAAAACCCCACUAUUUUAUGCAUUCCAUAACUGUCUGCAUGACCCAUUCAAUCAUAACAAUGACAUUUACAAAAAAAUAAUGUAUAGAUGUCCCAAACAGCCCCUGAACAAUUAGAUUUGAAUCUAUAAUCUGUUGAGCACAGUGAAUCCAAACUGUUUGCCAUAGCUGAUAUUAUGUCUCAUUCUUUUGAUAACCUAGUCUUGUUAGCAUUGGGCUAUGGUUUAGAUAGUAAGAACAGACCUUGCAGCAGUAUGAUGCAAGUUGUUACAAGAAGGGUGUAUGAUUUUAAAAAUUUCCCUCAAGAGUAACUGAUGCAGAGAAAUGGUGAAUUCCAUUGUGUGCUUAUGUUCAAAUCUAUCUAUGGAGUAUGUUUUCUGGGAUAUCAUGUAUUCUAGGUGUAGCGUGGGUGUUUACGUGGUGGGUGUUUGUUUAGUCAUACACGGUUACCUGUGGCGGGGAUGUGUGUUGCCACCUUGAUGUUGGUUACCUGUAUGCCAGGGAUGUGUGUUGCCACCUUGAUGUUGGUUACCUGUAUGGUGGGGAUGUGUGUUGCCACCUUGAUGUUGGUUACCUAUAUCAGUGUAUGCCAGGGAUGUGUGUUGCCACCUUGAUGUUGGUUACCUGUAUGGCAGGGAUGCGUGUUGCCACCUUGAUGUUGGUUACCUGUAUGGUGGGGAUGUGUGUUGCCACCUUGAUGUUGGUUACCUGUAUGGCAGGGAUACGUGUUGCCACCUUGAUGUUGGUUACCUGUAUGCCAGUGAUGUGUGUUGCCACCUUGAUGUUGGUGGCUGGUUGUGGCCACAUUUGUUCAAGUCUGUGCCUUGAGCUUGUCUUGGCUGAGGAUUUGUGCAUGGCACUCAACCCAGAUACAAAUUGCUAUUGUUGAAUCAAAAUAAAAACUAUUUUCAACAGGA